AUGAGGAAGUUCGCCUCCAGCAUGGUUGGUCUCGUCACCGAGAGCCUCAAGGACGAUGCCAUGCAGAUUCACACUACGGCCAAUUCCUCACUGCCUGGGAACCCGAACAACCCCUACGCCCAGCAGAACUACAAUCAGGGCGGCUGGUCUCAACAGCCUCAACAGCCUCAUCAACCUCAUCAGCAGCCUUACCAGCAGCAGCCCUACCAGCAAGCUCCAUUGCCUCCUCCCGGCAUCACCCCUUCACCCUCGUCCUUCUCUCCAACGACGUACCCUGCCUCAGCAUCCCCAUACGCAAAUACGCCUCAGUACUAUGCCCCUCAAUUGAACUCUGGCGUGAGCAGUAAUGAUGCUUUCCUGCCGCCUCCUCUCCCGCCUCCUGUGCCGGCCACCAACGCGACUGCACAGCGCCAAGCUCCUGGGCCGACCUACUACUCGCCGCCGGUCCACGUGAACCAGCAGCCUCUGCCUUCAUCAUUUCCGGUGCAGACACAGCCAGAAGAGGUUUACUUGCCUCCUCCAACGGCUCCUCCGCCACAUUUGAUUGCUGAGCUCCCGGGUGAUAGCGCACCAUCCGCCAGCCGAGCCUUUCCCCAGCAGCAGCAGCAGCAGCAGUAUUCUCACCCUCAGUAUGGCUCGUACGCACCCGUGUCGUCGCCUCCAAACGUGGCAGAGCUCUGUUCACAGAUGGGCAACCUGGGGGUUCAAACUCCAGUAUCCCAGCCCGAGCCUCCCUCAUCAGCCUCUCCGCCCGGUCCCCCUCCACCCAUCCAAGAGCUCCCGGCACCCAUUGCGCCGCCAUCGGCACAUGCCCCGUCCCCAGCUACGGCUUCUGAGGAUCGCCUCCUGCUUCCUCCCCGAGGACCGCCUACCAUCGCUCUAUCAGGUGAACCAAAUGAGGUCAUCCCUGACUGCACAGAGGGCAGGGAAGUAAGCUACGCGAUGGACUGGUACCGUCUCCCCGAGGCGCCCAGCCACCUCAUCUGCACGCGUUGCUAUGCAGACCACAUCCAGAGUACUGCCCUGGCCGGCGCUUUCGAGAAAGUCAACCAGGCUGGCGGCACUUGCUGCUUCUGGCUGCCUCGCAUCAAAGACCAGCUGUGGGAGCAGGCCUUGCAAAGCGGCGACACGCAGGCACUGGUAGCUUUCUUCUCCGAGACCAAGGAUCUUCAGCCGUGUAGCGGGAGAGUGUACAACGGACCCGAGGAGAGUGCUGCCAUGAAGUGGUACGUCGUCACGGAGGCGGGCGUGCUCGAUGGCUUCCUUGCGUGCCAGGCCUGCUACGUGUAUCGCAUAUCAGGCACGUCUUUCGAGUCCAGGUUCUCACCUUACGACCAGUCCAAGCUCAAGGAUACGCAAGGCAUCAUGUGCGACGCUUGUGCGCCCUCUGUGGCGGCGAACCUCCGGAGCUUGAGUGUAAAUGGGGACUGGCACACAUUCGUUGCAGCGACCGCCCACCGCCUCGGGCUACCAGAGUGCACCCUGGCCGAGCCGCGGACGUUUGGCAGUGAUGCAGUGUCGUACGUUCUACGGCAGGGCGGUGGUGGUCUGAGGGUCUGCGAGACCUGCUACGUGGACAAACUGAUGGUGAAGGGCUUUGCAGGUCAUUUCGAGCGCUACCAGAAACCGAAGCCUGGUCUACGUUCCUUUCUCAACGAAUGCAUCCAGGACACAGAGGAGGGCUUCUGCAGCCUGGCGCGAAUGUCGCUCAACGUCGCCCUCGACGCGGCACAUUACCAGCGGGAUUUCAGUGUCUACAAGACUGCCGCCGAGGCCACCUCUCGCCUGCCGAGCUGCACGGCGAACGGCAUCCAGAGCAGCACUUGGUGGACUCUACAGGGUGGGUGUGACGGACUGAGCAUCUGCGAGGCGUGUCACGCGGGCUUCUUGGUCCCGACUGGUGUCGCACAGUACUUUGAGCGGACGCGUCGCAGCUCCAGCUCGCCCAUCCUGUGCAGCCUCCACAUCACUGCCCCGCGUGCCCUUGACCUGCUGAGCCACUUCGGCCAGAUGAUCGAGAAGGGCCUCUUCAGCCAUUUCGCAGACUACGCGAGACUAUGGUCCGGCGUGCGGCCGUGCCCAGGCCUGAAGGCCCAAGGCGGCGGCACCUGGUUCGGCUACCACGAGCUGUACAUGUGCAAGGAGUGCUAUCUCGAGUGUGCCGCCUCCCAGCCCCUCGCGGACACACUGCCCGUCCGGGAUCUAUACGAGGAGGAUCUGCGCAUCUGCCAAAUGUGGUCGCCUCGGAUGCGUAGGCUCUGGCUGGAGACUAACGCCGCGGGCGCUGUGGGAUCGCCAGAGUCCAAGGCGGCCGAGGACAGGCUCCGCGAGCUUGGCACGCAGCGGUUCCAGGUGUACAACGCGACGGUGCUGCAGAUUGAGGUCAUGCAGCAGAUGCAGGCGAUGAGGAGGCGGGCGGCGCUGCACAAGGGCGUGCAGAGCACCGUCUACGCCGGGGCCAACAGCUUCGCCAUGGCGGCGGGCGCGACGGACGGCUACAUGUACGGGAACAGCUCGCUGGGCUGGCACGGCACCAGGAACGGCCUGGUUGGCGCGCAGCUGGGGAUGGAGUCCCGCGCAGAGCUGGCCCAGCUGUCUGGCGGCGAUGAGACGGCCGAGAUCUCGAGGCUUCAGGCCAUUUGGAGCCAGGUGGAGUGA